UCGCGGAGCAGAGCGGAGAUGCACACAGGUGUUUCUGCCCCGGUGCCACGGCAGGGGCAGAGGCGCCGAGCUGAGGCACGAAGCACCCUCCCCUUUCCUUUUGUGCUCUCGCCAGCGAAGAACUCCCCGGAGCAGCCAGGGCUGCGAAUUCCCCAAAGCCUCUUCUCCUUUGUUUGAGUCUGCCUCUCCCGCACGCUGCUGGCUGCUGGAGCCGUGGAUCCAGCCAGCCGUCCGAGUCGCCGGGGCUCCUUUUACUCCUCCUCUCGCCACACCAGCCCUUUAUGUUCCCCCCUCCACCUCUGUCCCUGUGCGGAGAUGCUUUGAAGGGACCUGUGGUGCCUGAGGGACGAAGCUCUGGCAGGGGCAACCUAGAAGAGGAGCCCGGGUGCCUAGAAGACCGGAUGGAGAGAGGGGUGCAGACCGGUCCCUAACUCACUACCCUGGGCUCGCCCAGCCCUCCCUGCUUUGGCGUGGGGCUGGCAGCUGAGAAAGAAACUUGGGUGCGUGGAGCAGGAGGUAACGCCGUUGCUUUGGUAGGGGUUGUGUUGUGCUGCACCGGCCUUUGGCUGGGCGAGGGACAUCCAGCAAGGUGGGCUCCGGGGCCCUUUUUCUGCCCUCCCCGGCUGCUGUGGGAACUCCUAGGGGCUUGGCUGCUCUUGGUUCCCUCCAUGCCCGGCUCAGCCAGGAGCUGGACUCUCCCUCCGAAGGACUGGCAUGUCCGAGCGGCAUGAGAAGGGGGGCUGGCCCGUCCCAGCCGUGCUGGCGGUGCUGCCCUGCAGGCAGGCUCUGAGAGGCGGCGGCACCGGCUCGGGGAGGAGGAAGAGGAGGAGGAGGAGUAGCAGCCGGACCCUCGUGCUAAGCCCCAGUGUUGCCCCCCGCGUGGAGGAGGGGCAGAAGGGUGCGAAGGAACCGGCUCCCCGUUCGUGCGGGGAGAGACGGAGGCAGAGGAGGGCUGCAGGCCGGCUGCUCUCUAGGAAACUGGAGCUCAGUGGGGCUGGACGCGCUGCCACGCUGUCAGCGUGGAGAGGAAACUCCUGCCCCGGGCUGCAGUGUGGGCUGAUGGAGAGCUGAGCUCCCUGGAAGGAGCAUCCUCUGCACGGCCGAGGGGGAGCAGAGACUGAGGCGUGCCCCCUCGAGGAUUUACAGUCGCACGGACACACGGACCAAAGACACUCGGGGCUUCCCCGGGGCGAGAUCAGGCCAGCGUCUGAAUCUGGGGACUAACAGGGCAGCUGUGCCCCUCCCCUGAAUCUGGACUUUCCUUCUGUACGGAGGCGUUGGGCUGGUUCCUAGUGGAUUCCCACCCUCCUCGGGGCCGGCCCCUCAUUGAGGAGCUGGCCAGACAGGCCAGCAGGGAGCUAAGAAGUGAUUGCCAGUUGGGAUUUCUCUCCGUCUCAUCCCACAGCUUGGAUUCCCGCUUGGAAAUCUCAGGGCAGCGGCUGUUUCUUUCCUAUUACCUUGGGGAGGCACGUGGCUGGCGUGUGGAUGCGGGUCCUUGGGCCCCCACCCGCUGCGUCUGGCCUUCGGGGGAGAUUUGAACCGGGGAAGACGCUAGUCCUUGUGGAGUUGCUCCUCGUCAGCCCCCCGGGUCCCCCGUCGGGGCCUGGGACCUAACGCACGUGGUGCAGGGCGGGCUGGAGAGAUGGGGCGCGUGGCGGUAAACUCUUUUUUCUGAAGCCGAGGCACGCCUGCCCCCCACCCGCCCGCGCCUGCCGGAGGAUGGGAAUCCCUGGGGAAACUUAGCUCCUGGGGGCUCUGCAAGUAUUGUGCCCCUCGGGGGGGUCCUCUGCUUUGGAUGUGCCAGUGGAAAGCUGCGCCCCUGCCAGCGGCGGCAUGACGGCCUGCCAGUACCCCAUAGCGCCCGGGCCCCUGGAGCGGGACCGCAUGUACCAGCACAAAGUCUCCCUGGUGGUGCGCUACUUCAUGAUCCCGUGCAACAUUUGCCUCAUCCUUUUGGCCACCUCCACCCUGGGAUUUGCCGUGCUGCUCUUCCUCAAUAACUACAAGCCCGUCAACUAUUUUCCCCAGUCGCUGCCAACGCCGCAAGAUGCAUGCCGAGGAAUGCUCUGUGGGUUCGGAGCUGUGUGCGAAAGGAGUCCCGCUGACCCAUCCCAGGCCUCUUGCGUCUGCAAAAAGACCACGUGCCCCUCAGUGGUGGCUCCUGUCUGUGGCUCGGACUAUUCCACCUACAGCAACGAGUGUGAGCUGGAGAAGGCCCAGUGCAACCAGCAGAGGAGGAUCAAAGUCAUCAGCAAGGGACCCUGUGGUUCCAAGGACCCCUGUGCGGAGGUGACGUGUAGUUUUGGCAGCACCUGUGCCCGCUCUACUGAUGGGCAGUCAGCCAAGUGCAUCUGCCCGUCCUCAUGCCGCGGGGUGGCCGAGGGCACCGUGUGUGGCAGUGAUGGCAAGGACUACCGCAGUGAGUGUGAGCUCAACAAGCACGCCUGUGACGCACAGCAGAACGUCUUCAAGAAGUUCGACGGGCCCUGCGACCCUUGCAAGAACGCCGUCAACGACCUGAGCCGGGUCUGCCGGGUGAACCCUCGCACUCGCCGAGCGGACCUGCUCUUCCGGCCUGAAAACUGCCCCCCAAAGAGGGACCCAAUGUGUGGCGAUGAUGGGGUAACCUAUGACAGCGAGUGCGUCAUGGGACGGUCAGGCGCUCUGCGGGGGCUGGAGAUCCAGAAGGUGCGUUCGGGGCAGUGCCAGCCACAGGACAAGUGCAGGGACGAAUGCAAGUUCGGCGCCGUGUGCCUCAACCGGCGUGGCACCACCCGCUGCUCCUGCGAUCGCAUCACCUGCGACGGCGCCUAUCGGCCCGUCUGCGCCCGGGACAGCCGGACGUACAGCAACGACUGCGAGCGCCAGAAGGCAGAGUGCCAGCAGAAAGCUGCCCUCCCCGUAAAGCACGAGGGGCCCUGUGACCUGGGCACCCCCAGCCCCUGCCUCAGCAUGGAGUGCACCUUUGGGGCCACCUGCGUGGUGAAGAACCAGGAGGCGGUGUGCGAGUGCCAGCAGGUCUGCCAAGGCCGCUACGACCCCGUCUGCGGCAGCGACAACCGCACCUACGGCAACCCUUGCGAGCUGAGUGCCACGGCCUGCGUCCUGAAGAAGGAGAUCAAAGUCAAGCACAAAGGGCCCUGCGACCGUUGCGGCAAAUGCCAGUUCGGCGCCAUCUGCGAGGCAGAGACGGGCCGAUGCGUGUGCCCCACGGAGUGCGUGGCCUCCUCACAGCCCGUGUGCGGCACCGACGGCAGCACCUAUGGCAGUGAAUGUGAGCUCCACGUCCGGGCCUGCACCCAGCAGACCAACAUCCAGGUGGCUGCACAAGGAGACUGCAAGUCCUGCGGCAGCACGGUGUGCUCCUUUGGAAGCAAGUGCGUGGGCGGGCAGUGCGUGUGCCUGCGCUGCGAGAGGCAGCCCUUCUCCCCGGUGUGUGGCAGCGAUGGCGUGACCUAUGACAACCCGUGUGAACUGCACGUGGCUUCCUGCCAGCAGAAGAAGACCAUCGAGGUCUCCAGGACGGGGCCGUGCGAGGACGAAUGCGGCUCAGGGGGGUCUGGCUCCGGGGACGAUGGUGAGUGCGAGCAGGACCGGUGCCGGCGGUUUGGAGGCCUGUGGGAUGAGGACAUGGAGGACGACCGCUGCGUGUGUGACUUCACCUGCUUGGCUGUGCCACGCAGCCCGGUGUGUGGCUCCGACGGAGUGACCUACGCCAACGAGUGUGAGCUCAAGAAGUCACGCUGUGAGAAACGCCAGGACCUCUACGCCGCCGGACAAGGAGCCUGCCGCACCGCCACAACGACCCCCCCGCCACUGCUGGUCCUGCACUGCAGCCAGACCGUAUAUGGAUGCUGCCCUGACAACAUGACCCUGGCCCUUGGUGUGGGCUCAGCCGGGUGCCCGAGCACCUGCCAGUGUAAUGCCUACGGCUCCUACGGAGGGGCCUGCGACCCCACCACCGGCCAGUGCUCCUGCAAACCCGGCGUGGGAGGCCUCAAGUGCGACCGCUGCGAGCCCGGCUUCUGGAACUUCCGCGGCAUCGUCACCGACAGCAAGAGCGGCUGCACCCCUUGUAACUGCGACCCGGUGGGCUCCGUCCGUGAUGACUGCGAGCAGAUGACUGGACUUUGCUCCUGUAAGACGGGCAUCACCGGCAUGAAAUGCAACCAGUGCCCCAAUGGCAGCAAGCUGGGCAUGACCGGCUGCGAGAAAGACCCAUCGGCACCAAAAUCCUGCCAUGAGAUGAGCUGUGAGUUCGGGGCGUCAUGCUUGGAGGUCAAUGGCUUUGCCCACUGCGAAUGCCCAUCCCCACUCUGCACGGAGGCCAACAUGACCAAGGUGUGCGGCUCUGACGGUGUCACCUAUGGUGACCAGUGCCAGCUGAAGACCAUUGCGUGCCGGCAAGGACAAAUCAUCACGGUGAAGCACGCCGGACAGUGCCAUGAGUCCAUCACUCAUGCGAGUCACACCUUGCCUCCCACGCCGCUGCCCAUGCCCACGCAGGCCCUGGACAGACUCCUCCUCCCCCCGCCUCUGCAGCUCACCCCUCGGGCCCCCGACUCCACGGAGAAACCCACCGGGUCCCUGCUGGUGGAGGUGAGGCCCACUCCAAGAAGCCAUCCUGCUACCAGACGGGUAACCACUGCCCGGCCAGCCACCACUCCCUGGAUCACGCAUGGCCUUCGCAAGACCACUGUCCGCCCCAUCUCUACUGCUCCGGUGGUCCCAGCCACCAUCCAGCCUGCCUUCGCUGAGUCUGGCAGUGCAGAAGGCAGCGGAGACCAGGAGAUGGGCAUCAGUGGGGACCAGGAAGCUAGUGGAGCCGGCUCGGCAGGAGAAGAGGAGCCAGAGGAAAGCCAAGUUACACCCACUCCAGCCAUUGAAAGAGCCACCUGCUUUAAUACCCCUCUGGGCUGCUGCUCUGAUGGCAAGACAGCCGCCAUAGAUGCAGAAGGGAGCAACUGUCCUGCCACCAAGGUCUUCCAAGGAGUACUCAUCCUGGAGGAGGUGGAGGGCCAGGAGCUGUUCUACACGCCCGAGAUGGCCGACCCCAAAUCGGAGCUCUUCGGGGAAACUGCCCGGAGCAUCGAGAGUGCGCUGGACGAGCUUUUCCGUAACUCUGAUGUCAAGAGGGAUUUCAAGAGCAUCCGCGUGAGGGACCUGGGUCAGAGCAAUGCUGUCCGUGUCAUCGUCGAGUCCCACUUUGAUCCAGCCACGUCCUACACAGCGGCCGACGUCCAGAAGGCCCUUCUGAAGCAGAUCAAAGCCUCCAAGAAGAAGACCCUCCUGGUGAAGAAGCCGCAACAGGAUCAUGUCAAAUUCAUGGACUUUGACUGGAUCCCCAGACUCUUCACCACCACAACCACUACGACCACUGCCACCACCAUGGCCCCCGCCACCACGCGGAGGUUCACCACCGCCACAACCACCCACGUUCUGCACCCAGAAACCAUGGGGAAGCCCAGCAGCAAGAUGGCAGCACCUGUCACCACCAGGAGACCCACUGCCACCAUGCCAGCCACCACGCGGAGGAAACCUACGCGCCAGCCCCCAGCCACCAAGAAGCCGGCCCGGCCCUGCGACUCCCAUCCCUGCCUGCAUGGUGGCACUUGCGAGGACGAUGGGAAAGAGUUCACCUGCAGCUGCCCAGCAGGAAAGGGAGGCGCUGUGUGUGAGAAGUCCAUCAGAUACUUCAUCCCCAGCUUCGGCGGAAAGUCCUACCUGGCCUUCAAGACGAUGAAGGCCUAUCACACGGUGCGCAUCGCCAUGGAGUUUCGGGCCUCCGAGCUCAGCGGGCUGCUGCUCUACAACGGGCAGAACCGGGGCAAGGACUUCAUCUCCCUGGCACUUGUCAGUGGCUUUGUGGAGCUCAGGUUCAACACAGGAUCUGGUACUGGCGUCAUCACCAGCAAAGUGCCUGUCGAGCCUGGCAAGUGGCACCAGCUGGUGGUAAACCGGAACCGCCGUAAUGGCAUGCUGUCGGUGGAUGGGGAGUCGCACGUGAACGGGGAGAGCCCCACCGGCACCGAUGGGCUGAACCUGGACACAGAAUUGUUCAUCGGAGGGGCACCGGAAGACCAGAUGCUUGUAGUGGCAGACCGCACCGCAGCCACGGCGGGCCUGAAGGGCUGCAUCCGUCUGCUGGAUGUGAACAACCAGAUGUACGACCUGCGGGAGAAGGGCAGCGACGUGAUGUACGGCAGCGGGGUGGGCGAGUGCGGCAAUGACCCCUGCCACCCCAACCCCUGCCACCACGGCGGCAUCUGCCACGUCAAGGAGGCCGAGAUGUUCCACUGCGAGUGUCUCUCCACCUACACAGGUCCAACCUGUGCCGACGAGAGGAACCCCUGUGACCCCAGCCCGUGCCACGUCUCGGCCACCUGCCUGGUGCUGCCAGAGGGAGGUGCCAUGUGCGCAUGCCCCAUGGGGCGGGAAGGGGAUUUCUGCGAGUUCGUCACAGAGCAGGACCAGACCAUGCCCUUCCUCCCGGAGUUCAACGGCUUCUCCUACCUGGAGCUCAGCGGGCUGCAGACCUUUGUGCCCGAUAUGCAGGAAAAGUUGUCCAUGGAGGUCGUGUUCCUGGCCAAGAGCCCCAGCGGCAUGAUCUUCUACAACGGGCAGAAGACGGAUGGCAAAGGGGACUUUGUCUCGCUCGCCUUGCAUGACGGCUACCUGGAGUACAGAUACGACCUGGGCAAAGGGGCAGCGGUGCUCAGGAGCAAGGAGCCAAUCCCCCUGAACACAUGGGUCAGUGUCUUCCUGGAGAGGAACGAGCGCAAGGGGGUGAUGAGGAUUAACCACGGCGAGAGGGUGAUGGGAGAGUCACCGGUGCCUCAUGCCUUCCUGAACCUGAAGGAGCCCCUGUAUGUCGGGGGCGCGCCCGAUUUCAGCAAACUGGCUCGCGCCGCGGCCAUCUCCACCAGCUUCGAUGGCGCCUUGCAGAGGAUCUCCAUUAAGGGGAUCCCUGUCCUGAAGAAGGAGAACAUCCGCAGCGCCAUCGAGAUCUCCACCUUCCGCUCCCACCCCUGCACCCAGAAGCCCAACCCCUGCCGGAACGGGGGCAUGUGCAAUCCCCGGCUGGAGAGCUACGAGUGCGCCUGCCAGAGGGGCUUCUCCGGUGCCCACUGCGAGGAAGUGAUCAUCGAGAAGGCAGCCGGGGACUCCGAGGCCAUUGCCUUUGAUGGCAGGACCUACAUGGAAUACCACAACGCCGUGACAAAGAGUCCCGAAGUGCUGGACUAUCCCGCAGACCACAGCGAGAAGGCCUUGCAAUCCAACCACUUCGAACUGAGCAUCAAGACGGAGGCCACCCAAGGCUUGAUCCUGUGGAGCGGGAAGGGGCUGGAGCGCUCGGACUACAUUGCCUUGGCCAUCGUGAACGGCCACGUGCAAAUGACCUACGACCUCGGCUCCAAGCCGGUCGUCCUGCGUUCCACCGUCCCGGUCAACACGAACCAGUGGGUUCAUAUCAAAGCUUACAGAGUGCAGAGAGAGGGCUCCUUGCAGGUGGGCAACGAAGCCCCCAUCACUGGUUCAUCCCCACUUGGAGCAACACAGCUAGACACGGAUGGGGCCCUCUGGCUGGGGGGAAUGGAGAAGCUCAGCGUGGCUCACAAGCUGCCCAAAGCCUACAGCACCGGCUUCACCGGCUGCAUACGGGACGUGAUAGUCGACCGCCAAGAACUGCACCUGGUGGAGGACGCUUUAAACAAACCCACGAUAUUACACUGCUCGGCCAAAUAGACCCCAGGGACCCUUCGUACCCCCUCCCCCCUCCUGCCUAUUGCUGUAAUUAUUUUCUAUUUUUGUAAACUUAUUGCUUUUUAUAUUUUUUUGGGGGGGAGGUGGGGACCGAGGGGGGAAGAAACACUUUUUCCCCCCCACCUUUUUUUUUUUCCGGUUAUUUGUUUGGUUGCAGUGUAUCCAGGCUGGUCGGACUGUGAGCAGCAGCAACAAAGAACAAGCCCUGAAUCAAGUCUCUGAGAAGUGAGAAAGGAACACACACCCUGUAGCAUCCCGCCUUGGAAAUUUCCAUUCAUGAUUUCUCAGUCAUACUUGAAGCUUUUUUUUUUCUUUUUUUUUCUUAUUUUAUUGCUCUGGUGGUUGCCCCCCUUCCCUUGAGGGGGAAAGGAAAGGAUCCUGGUGCUGCUAAGACCCCAUGGCCUUUGUGGAGACACAGCCUUCCCCUUCCACGCCACUGCAUCCCUCAGCCCUGGCUCGAUGGAGAAGCUGUCUCCUAAGCCGGGGGAUUGAGUUGGUUUUCAGGCCUCUUCCCCGCUCCAUGUUCACCCCAUUUUUUUCUCCGUAAUUGCGCAUAGGGAUUGCAAGUGCAUCUUUCCUCCGGUCGGGGCUGUCACUGGCUGGAGGUGAGACCCGAACCAACUCCCAGUAGGCUGGGGAGCCAGGGUUUUGUCUCGCCUCGCAUCUCCUUGUCAACUUGCCAGUGUGAAGAUGAUUUUUUUUUUUUUUUUGUUAUUAAUUUGGCCGAGAAAGAGGUGGCAUCAUCUUUAUUUUUCGUGCUAAGCCCUCUCCUCCUCCUGGAUACAUGCAGAAGCAGCUGCAAAACCUAUUUCCAGGCUUUAUUUUUAGCCGGACGUGUCCCAGAUCUGCCCACUUGGCUUUGCUGCUGUUUCCAAGAGCCUUGGUUGUUUACCAAAACUCAUCCUCCCCUCAAGCCAGUGCAAAGGCCGUUGGAUGUUUUGGGGUUCGGAGCCCCCGGCACCCUCCCCAUCUCCCGGGAAGGUCAACCAGACCUGAAGGCACAGGACCGGGAUUGGUUUUCAUUUGGAUCCAUUGGAAGCACACUUCUGUGCCUAUCCCACCCCUUUUCCAGCCCCCUGAAAAGACCUGCCCUCCAUAUACAGAGAUGAGGUCUUGGACCAGCUGUCCUAAGGAUUUCUGCUUCUGUGGUAGCACCAUGAAAGCCAUUGACUACAUGGUUUUGGCAAUGGCCAGCACAAUGGCAGGCCCCGAUUCUGCUCAGAGCCUCCCCGGCACUACGGGAAUACAAACAGUAGCAUCACUGGGGACAGGGCCGGAGCCUUGCAGUGCAGCACACAGACAAAGACGGAGGCAGGGUGGUUUGUGGGCUUUUCUUAAAUGCUAUUUUGUUCCCACCCCCAUUGCAAAUCAUUCCUUGUAAAAGCAAACUAUGAUGCAAAUACUGUAACGCCACCUACAAACCUAGUGCGUGUGUGCGUGUGUGCAAGAGAGAGUCCAUUAAAUAUAUCCGUAUAUAUGUUUGUAUGCGAAUGCUGAUUCUCUUCUUAAGGAAACAACGCCCCUGAUGCUAGAGUCCCUGCAAAGGAUUGUCCACUUCCUUAUCCAUAGGAGGAACCAGCCAGUGCUUUCUAGUAUCUUAUAUCCCCCUUUCCACCCAGAGCAAGGCAGUUGGCAUGGCUUGAUCGCAUGAAAAGCCCACAUUUUGCAGCUUGUGGCAUUAAUGUGACAGAUCCUCCCUUUUACAAAUUGAUGUUAGGAACUGGCUGCACCAAGUGGGACUGUUUCACAGCCAGUUUUUUGGCCUUGCCGCUGCCCCCCCUGACUCCCACCAAAAGCUGUGAACUAAGUUGUGAGCCACAAAACCAAAAUCACCUUCCUCAGGGCAUGAUCUGAAGGCAGGUGGGAUGGAGGGGAGCAGCACGCCGGUAAAACCACUGUUCUCUUUGAAGGUGCACGGGUUGUCCUGCUGCCACCAAACCCCGUGUCAUCACAGAUGCCUUGGACUAGCGUGUGUCAAAACCUUCCAGAGAUGCCUUCUUCUGCAUGGGGGUAUCCAUUUGCUGGGGCUAGAGAAGGGGCAGGGGGUGGGGGGAGGAGGGGGCUUUUUGAUAUCCCUUGUCAGUGUCUUCUGUUUCCAUCUCUUUACUUUCCUAGAUCCAGCUUAAAGAAAUCAGACUUCCAUCCCAGCUCAAAAGCCCUUCCUUCAUGUCCUCUAUGGAAAUCCAUGCCUGAGCAGUUGCUGUCCAGGGUGGUUAGUGACUUAGUUGGGUUCAUGCCCCCUGGGAGACAACGUGGAGACUCCAGUAUGGUGUGUGUGUGUGCGCGUGCGUGUGUGUGUGGCGAUACAACAUUUUAAGUGGCUACUGUAAAUAUAUUGUGGUUCCUGAUGGAGAGUAAUGUGCUUGUGUUGUAAAGCAGACUGACUACUGUACUUUAUUCCCACGGUGUAGGUAGCCAGCGGCUAACUAGGACUGCGGGGGUUCAGGGUGGGAAGGAAGACAACCAAACCCCUCUCUCUGCCUGUAGUUUGAAACUUAGGCUCUAGCUGGACAGUGCAGCCUCAACAGUGGAUCCCGAGGGCUGAAGAUCCCCAUGCGGGGGAGGCAGAAACAUGCACAGAGAAAGCUGCUAAAUUUCCCAGAAUGCCACUAAAAUGAAGCCAAGGUUACUGCAAAAAAAAUAAUAAUAAAAAAAAAAAAAAGAAAACAAAACACUGUCUGCUUUUGCUGGGGCUUGGAGAUGCCUUAAAACAAAACAUUGUGUCCUUGUCGUCAAGCAUCUUGAACCAACGGCGCAUUUGGGAGCGCUCCCAAGGGGCCAUGCACUUAACUGGGGCUUUAUUUUUAACAGCAUUUAUAACUCAUAUGUACAAAGCGACAUGGAUGUUUGGGGUUGGGUUUGGGGUUUUGGGGGGGGGUUCCUGUUUUUUUUAACUUUUUUUUUUUUGGCUAUUUUUUAAAUUUGUCUGUCCACGUGGCUUCAUUUUUUUUAGGGUAACGUAAUGAUCAUUGUGACCUGCUGUAUGACUUCUGAAGGGCAAUGCACAGUAGAGGAGCAGCAUGAUAUAACCAUUACUAACUUGUGUCUUUCGUCAAUCACCAUGAAAUAAAGUUUGGAAACAAUUAAA